AUGUUAACUAUUACUCAACAAAAACAAACUCAACAUGCAAAUAAGAAGCGUCAUCAUCUCGAGUUCAAUAUAGGUGAUAAAGUACUACUAUCAACAAAAAAUAUAGUUAGUCCAACUGACAAACAGAGACCUACAAAGAAACUAUUACCUAAAUAUGUAGGACCCUACUUAAUCACUAAAAUAAUCUCAAAA